UUUGCAUUCGAUUGCACGCACCAUUGUGUGUUCAAUGGCUUACUUGAUGACUUAAAUGCGUCUUUGGGCUAGUACCAUUAAAUAUACUUUAAAGCAUGAACGAAACUGUUUUGCAUGCUGUUAAAGCUUCUUUCAUUGCAUGUAUGUUUUAUUAACUAGCAAACAUCCUUACAAAUAAACUUGUGCCAGAAACAAAAGAAACCGAACAUUCGAGAAUCACACCCAUGAGCCAGCACAACUAGAACGCGAUCUAAGACGUCUUUUGUUCCAGACGUUUCUUAACUUAAUGUGCGGAAGCAUAGAAGUGGGAAAGUACGACCUGCACGAGUGUUACGAAUUGUAGUAAUCAGUAGUAAUCAUGGAGAAGGUGAACGUGCUAAAAGACAAGGGCAAUGCUUCUCUUCAGGAUGGCAAGUUUGAUGAUGCUAUCAGAUUUUAUACAGAAGCCAUAACGUUAGACAAAAACAAUCACGUGUUGUACAGCAAUAGGUCUGCAGCCUAUGCAAAAGCUGGAAAGUACCGUCCAGCUCUUGAAGAUGCAGAAAAGACCAUUCAGCUGAAACCUGACUGGGGGAAGGGCUAUUCAAGGAAAGGUAGUGCCUUGGCUUACCUUGGUAGAUUUGAUGAGUCAAUCAAGGCAUAUGAAGAAGGGCUUGUUCAUGAGCCUGAUAAUGCACAACUGAAGGAAGCAUUGCACGGUGUUAGAGCUCAGAAAACUGGAAAUAAGGGAAUGGCCAAUCCCUUCUCAGUACCUGAUCUGUUUGUUAGACUUCGAGCAGAUCCUCGUACUCGGGCAUAUUUGGACGAUCCAGAUUAUAUUAAAUUAGUGCAAGAUCUUCAGAGCAACCCAAAUAGUUUGGGGCAUCGGUUGAAUGACACGAGGGUUCUGACUACCCUAAGUGUGUUGCUUGGGAUUAAUUUGGAGGCACCAGGAGAUGAAGAGAUGGAUACAGCUGCUCCGCCUACAAGACAAGAACCUAAGGCAAGAUCAGAGACACAGAAACCGCAAGCUAAAGACGAGAAGAUGGAUGAGGAUAUCAGUCCAGAGAAGCAAGAGGCACUGAAAGAAAAAGAAUUAGGAAACCAAGCGUAUAAGAAAAAAAACUUUGAAGAAGCGCUGAAGCACUACAAUCGGGCAAUAGAACUGGAUUCGGGUGAUAUAACAUAUUUAAAUAACAUAGCAGCUGUAUACUUUGAACAGAAGGAAUACAAGAAGUGUAUUGAACAAUGUGAGAAAGCAAUUGAAGUUGGUAGAGAGAACAGAGCUGAUUUUAAGUUGAUUGCAAAGGCAUUUUCUAGAAUUGGCAAUUCUCACCGGAAACUAGGGGACUUGAAAAGUGCGAAGACAGCAUAUGAAAAGUCAAUGUCAGAAUUUCGCACUCCAGAAAUAAAGGCAUUGCUCUCUGAGGUUGAGAAGCAAAUAAAAGAAGAAGAGAGAAGGGCAUAUAUUGAUCCUGUGAAAGCUGAGGAGGAAAAGGAGAAAGGAAAUGAGCUGUUUAAGCAUGGUGACUAUGCAACAGCUAUGAAGCACUACACUGAGGCUAUUAAGCGGAACCCUGAUGACCCCAAGUACUACAGCAACAGGGCUGCCUGUUACACAAAACUAGCUGCCUUUGAUCUUGGACUGAAAGACUGUGAGAAAUGUGUUGAACUGGACCCAAAAUUUAUUAAAGGAUGGAUUAGAAAGGGGAAAAUUCUUCAAGGCAUGCAACAGCACAGCAAAGCCAUUUCAGCAUACCAGAAGGCUCUGACCCUUGACUCCACCAAUGUAGAAGCGCUGGAAGGCUAUAGGUCUUGUUCGGUGGCAGUGAACUCGAACCCUGAAGAGGUUCGUAAGCGUGCUAUGGCUGAUCCAGAGGUUCAGGCUAUCAUGCGUGAUCCAGCCAUGAGAAUUAUCCUUGAGCAGAUGCAGAAUGAUCCCAAGGCCUUGCAGGACCAUUUGAAGAAUCCAGACAUUGCUGCCAAGAUACAGAAACUACUUGAAUCAGGCCUGAUAGCUAUUCAUUGAAAGUUACCCUACUUAAAUUACACAAGCGUUAAGUGACAGAAUUAUGCAUUUAUUACUUGUGCAUAGUAAUAUUUCAACACUGAGAAAAUGAAUGACUUGUACUAAUGUUUUUUUAAAAUUAUGCUACCUGUGCAUGAAUGAUAAGCAAGCCUCAUUUAAUGUUAGAAAUGCUUAGGUGUUCAGUUAGUAAUGUUAUUGUCAAUAUACACCAAAGCAAAUUCUAACUAACCAGUAAGUAAAAGUGUUUAAAUAUUCAUACAGAUGUUAUAAGUGAACUCCAAUGUAUGCUUGAGAUAUGCACUGUGAACAGUUAAAUGGGAUACCAUCUUUAAUAAAUUAAAAUAUCCUGUUUAUUUAAUAUGUACAUUGGUUCUGAGAUCAUGUUUCAUAAUGACAGAAAAACAUAUGGGUACUGGAAGAAAUACUGUUAACAAAUGGAAAAAAAUAGACAAAAAUCUCAAUGUGUGAGCAGAUCAUCAGUUCAUGUGAUGGUUUCACGUAGUAUAUUGUGUAUGCUUAGGUUUAAUAAACACUUGGUAUCAGGAA